UCCAUAUUAUACUGUUAGUAUAGUGUCAAUAUUACUUAUAGUUACUAUAGUCAUUAUAAUUUCCUAUGGUUUAUCAGUAGUAUAGGCCAUAUAUCUUUUCAGUGGGUUUUCAUUUAAUAAAUCCUUGUGCAAAAAGCACAGUCUACAUCUUUUCCAUAGACCAGAGGGGAGAGUAGAAAACACUUUAAAUACAGCCAGCAGGUUUUAUUUGAUUUUAUACAGGUUAAAAAUACAGGAGAUUUACGGGGAAACAUUUAAACGGGAGGAUACCGGGUGAGUACAGAACAAUACAGGAGAAUCCAGAGGAAAACGGGAGUCAGAGAGGAGUGCGGUAAUGUGAGGCUACAUCCACACUACUACAGUUUUAUAACGAAUACGAUCUUCUCUGUCCACAGCAGCAUUUUAGCUGCGUAUCAAAGUUGAUCUCAGUCUACACUAAAUCGACUGAAAAUACAUCUAUUGGCCUUCAGAUACACAGGCAUGCACGUGCUGGUGUAAACACAAAGCAGAUGGUUUACACCACAGUUGCAGAACAUUUGGCGCAAAAUAAUGUAAUACAGACAAAGAACCACACCAGGGUUUUUUUUUUGCAUUGACCGACAACGAAGUGGAGCCGUUACUGAAAGCAACAUGGGAGUACAAAGAGACGGUGAUGGCGGAAAACAGACUGGGAGUCGUCGUCAAGUAAAUACGGCGACGUGCACAUUGGCUAACUGUUUGUGUUACACAAUUCCAGUUGCGUGCAAGUCCUGCCCUUGUGGUUAUGUGUUUAUAAGCAGAAAACUCCUAAAUGGUAAACUAAAUGAGCGCUCUUCUCCAGCCAUAGCAGACAAGCUGGACUUUAAGCGGAGGAGGACGGAGCGCAUUCGCAGAGAGAGGAUAGACUCCUCUUUAACCAGUGACAUGGAGAACAGGAGAAGGUCCCGGGCCAACAGCCAAUCAGAUCCCAUCAGGAGGGGACGGGGCAGACCAAAAACAGUGGGGCUGAAGAAACAGGAAGAGGAGAAAGAGAAACAAGAGAAGGAAGUGGAUAUUUAUGCCAGUCUUUCUGAUGAGAAGGCCUUUGUGUUUUCUGUGGCCUUGGCUGAGAUCAACCGCAAGAUCCUGGGUCAAAGACUAAUCCUAUAGAUUAAAGCCUGAAUGACUCAGAAAGCCAGAACAGAAAACAAACUAUCAAAUAGCAAGAUGAUGACCAAAGAGGGUAGAAGUGGCCACAGCUGAACUUUGACCUGGACAUGUUUCACUUGGAUGAUGGGAUGAGAUUCAGAAAAUUGCUGAAGUUCAGACUGGUGUAGAGGGCUUUUCAGCACCUUAGUAAUACACCCACUGCAGACAUGCAAACAUAUGUUCCUGGACUAAAAGCAUGUGUUAUACAUACUGUACAUUGUUUUUGAUGGAACCGGGAGAAAAGAGGCACUGAUGACACCUGUUCUGUAGAUACAUACGUGUAUAAUUGUACACCCAUCCAGCCCAUACUGUGUUCUGAAAUACAAAUCUCAUUAAUCUCAUUGAAAUAAAUGCUGUAAUCCAGUGCGCGUCUUUUUUUGGUACUUGCAUGUUUUCCUAUAAACUUAAGACUAUACCUGUGUGAUCUAGAUUGAAGCCUCAAUGCCUCAAAUGUCAAAAACAGUGGUCUAAAAUGGAAUAAAGAUUUUCUCAACUA